AAUUUGCUAAAGCCGUGGCCUGGCUCGUAUGAGAAUAGUCCAAAUUACGUGAGCGAAUCUUGCCAUCGUAUAUGUUGCAACGGCGAAAUAGUGCUGGAGCGCAGUCCUAGUUAGGUACCUUAUCUGGACCAGCAAUCCCUCUGGCUGUUCUCUGGCUAAUCUGCAUGUGCGGAGCCAACUCAGCAGCAGUAGCAAAUCCCUUUAACGUUGGCGGUUCGUUGCAGCAAAUUCUACAGAGCAGGAAUUGCUUGCUCGAUGAGUAGUAUAAUUGUGAGACAUUCCUCUUCCCCCUUGCGCAAAACCGCGAACUGCGCCACAGCACCACGUGGUGCAGCAGAUUUGUGCGUCUGCGUGUGUGUUCCGCUGCUUCCCAGGGUUUACUUAUUUCUCUCUACCAACCGUCCGCGCUGCUGAAGCCGGCAUUAUUACCAGUGCAGCUACCGCUGUUACUCCAUUCGCUGCCGCAAUCGCUGUUGCCGAGUUCCUGCUGCAAUUGAACUGCCUUGUGCCUUCUCGCUUGUCGUUAGCCCAAUCGGUUGACUGACUGUGUCCGUAGACGCUACUGCGCUGCUGGCGUUUCCACAACAACGAACGUUUAUGCUGGCUCGUUGGGGAUCGCGGGGAUCGUUGGCAUUAGAGUCGCAAACGUUGCGGGCCGCCACAGAACUGAAGCUUUUUCGUAGAUGAACCGACAAAGCUUAAAGUGGCAACUUGCUCAUUUACCUCCUAUAACGCCGCUAUUCUAGCAGCGGUUUCUACCAGCUAGUGCGGUAUCUAUGAUAGUGUUUGUCGUUGGUUUAGCUUUUAUCGUACGUUGAAUCCAGCAACGACCCCAACAAAGGCAAGGGAAGACCACUGAUGCUAUCGGCUAGUCAGAAAGAGCGAAGUAGGCAACGUGGACACGCAACGGGUUAUCUUGCCGUUUUCGGCACGGCGGGAUACAUUUGUACAAUUGGAAUGGCUAAAAGUUUAAAGCGCUUGGUGAAGUUUACGGGGGAGUUCAAUUAGUUAAAGUUGAUUGUGCAUCAAACGUACGUCGCUUAAGCAAAUUGCGGAAGAUCGAGAGAUUUGCUGGAAAAUCGAUAAAGUUGUGUUAAGUGAAGGAUGCUUUGAACGAACUCUUCCCGACAGUAAAGGGAAGAUAAUAAACAACUGCUUGUUUAUCUCACACCGGAUAUUGGCAAGAAUAUUUGAGGUUUAUAAAAAUCUACGUCGACGGCCACUAAAAUCAAUACUUUGUUCCAUGCGAUGGCUAUAACAGCGGGCAGCUCUCUCGCGCGUAUCAACUCAUCGGAUGCCAUCACCCCUCAACCGCUGAACACAAGAGCAACCAUAACAUCACUACCAAUUGGCCAUACGCCAAAGAGAAUCACCAACAGGGCUUCGAAACCACAGCUCAUAACGAUGCAGAGGAACACAGAUCAAACUCCCUCCGAGGCCCACGUAAAGCAUGGUUAUGAUGCAGGUGUCUCCAAUAUGUCCAUCUUACAGGGCCCUAGUCCGCCAACGCCUCCGAUGAGUAGUCCUGAAUCAUCCUCGCCUCCACCAGGGCUUCCUGUCCAACAAUGUGAACGCAAUUCGGCAUCACCAGACCUCAUCCCACAGGAGGUUCUGCAAGGCAUCUCCAAGAUCGCUUUGGUGAAAAACUUCAAUCGACGUUUAGCCGAUGACGAGAUCAAGGAGCGACGUCAAAUAAGGGAUUCGACUGCCAACGCGAAAGACCACCAAGACGUGCAUUACAAGGCAUCUAGUACAAGCGGAAUACCGAAUAAGGGCUCAACAAGUCCCGUGAGAAUAAACGAAAGCAUUGGUGCCGGCAGUAGUGUACUGAAGCCCGAAGUUUUCGAAAUCAUUCCGCAGGCCAGGGAAAAAAAGAGUUUUGGCAAGCCGUCGGAUCUGUAUGAACUUGAGGAGUAUCAACGACGGAUAGAACAAGAAAAUUGUGAACGAAAACUGCUUCUUGCUCAGGCCGUUCAGGAACGAGAACGGCGAACUGCGGCUGAAGUCCAUCGAUUGGGCAGGAUUAAAGCGGAAUUGGCCAGGCUGGACCUUAUUCUCAGCUCUGACGUUGCUAUCCUUCGAAAAGAAAUAGAAACUGCAAGCAUCGAUUUCAACAAAGCCGAAAAGAAUUAUGUUCGGAUUGAAAAGGAGUUCAUUGAGGCUAAAAUGAUUCUUCACCAGAAAUUGGACCGAAAAGAGAAAUUGACGGAGCAUCUAUGUUUUAUUAUCGAGGAGAAUGAGGUCCGCAAAGCCAAGAAACUCGAGCAACUCAUGGACGAACUUAAUGAAAAGGCCACACCUCGUUACGAUGACUAUGAAAUGGUAUCUGCUUUUGAGCAGGACGGAGAUGUCUGUACCUCAUGUGGCGGUUCCGCUGACGAGACUGAUGGGUUCGACAAUGAUGGCGAUCAUUUGGAAGGCGCAGCCAAAGCAUCAUCCGCGUUUGAAGAGUUCAAAGAAGUCAAAACCGAUUAGACGUUAAAGUAUUUCGUGCAAAUGAUAAUGAGUAUUUUGUGUAAUAAUAAAAGUAAAAGAAAAGCCCAUUUUUGAGUACAGUUUGCUCGAGCACCAUCGAUAGAAUUAGAAUACCGAAGUCGAAAUAAAAUUGCAAUAGUCACUGUCCAAUACAGGGGAUAAAACUGUCCAGUAAACUAAUCGCUUAAUGGAACUACAUGUACCUAAACAUUUUAACAACUCCCAUAAUAAUUUCUGGCUGGCAUCUCGGAUAACAGCCGAGUAUGGUUAUCGACAGUGCUCUCUGAUUGGAUUACCAGCGCAGUGACGAGGUGGUUCCAAACUAGACAGCAGCGCAAGAUGAACUACAACAAAAGAACUUCAGUGUUGAACGCAUAUGAUACUUGAAGACUUGAAUUGCAAGGUUAACGAACAAAACGUUCGGUACUCUUGAUUAUGGGAUAUCCUUUACAGCCAUUUAUAAAAUCUGAGCACUUUUUUUUCAAAUCAACCUUACUGCCUCCAGUGACGAUUCCUACCAAACUGACGAGAACAUUCCAUCAGCAAAUUGUAAAGCAGAGUAUAAUAAUCUGAGAAAGGAUUACCUUUCGUCAAACUUACGAAAUAACCUCCCAAACGUAAAAUCUAAUUAAGCUACAGGCAAGGUUAGAACAACUACAACCAACCAGAUACCGGGAAGUUCCAAGUGUGUUAUCCGCUUGUUUUCGGUAUAUUAUCUUUGCAUAGAAUUGUAAAUAAGAAAGCCGGUUAAAAAGAUGAAGAAAUAUGAAAUAUUUUACCUCUACCUGGUGUGAUUAACUACUAACGUUAUAAUGUAAUAAUAGGGAUUUUAUAAUGUGACAACAAUGUAAAGAAGAAGAAACCCGUGGACUCACAGGGACAUCUGUGAUAGAUUUGUCAACAGCCAGCUUUCAUCAGCUGCCACAUCGCACAGUGAGCGAAAUGAAUUUGACAUUUAUUCAGUAGCCGAUCGGCCACGAACAGGUUGAGAUAAUUCGAUGAUUCAAUUUAGAAUGGCGUAAGACCUCACUUCAAAUGAGAAUGUUAUACUAAGUAAGUUCAAAACGAAAACUGAUUAAACUAUACGUACUGAAGUGCAAAGCUUCAGAAACGUUCGCCUGUAAAUGCGACAUAUUUUAGUUUUACACUUCCGAAUCCAUUAUAUGCAAAGUAACUGCAUAUUAAAUUAUAGUAUUAAUUAAUGCACAAAUACGAGAACAAACGAUGGAUUGAAAGGUAAAAUAAACAGUGUCUUAUGAAGAUCAACCCAAUUUUCAAUCCAGAAAAUGGAACAUGUGAAGUAUAUCUGAGAUAUAAAUAAUAAAUACGUACACCAGCUUAAUAAAGUAUCCACUAAAUACUCGCAUGCUAUUGAGCGUUAUGUGUACCGAUGAUAUUACGCUACCUUUGCUGAGUGUUUAUAAAUACAUCCUUACACCAAUUAUAUCGUACCUUUUUUGAAUAAAAACCUAUCUUUUUUUAAAUAAAAACCUGCCCCUAUUGUCGUGACUAGCUCUGAAAUUCAGAUGAUUGGCGGGGUCAUUGUCUAAACAAGCGGCUUGUUACGAUAUUUUGGAGUAUCGUUUCUUUUAUUAUAGGUUAAUAUAUAGGAAUCAUAACAGCAUAAAU